AUAUGAGUAGCGUUGAUCGAGACUUGUUCAACUCACAAAUUGAGCCACCCACAUUCGUGAUAGCGAUGAAUGGGGACUCUAAAGAGCCUGAGAAAGAAGAGAAUGAGUUCAUAAAGAAAAUUGAGAAUCAAUCAAACGCUGAUUUUAAUUAUGAAGUGGGCUAUCCUUCAAAUUUUCCUGCUUAUAUGACGGAAAAUGGAAGAUUUCCCACAAUGAAAAUGGACACUCAGUAUGAUACUUUAAAUAAAGAAGCUGAAAGAUUACACUUACUUGCAAGACAGAAAGAAAAAGAAAGAAUGAUGUAUCAGAACGGUAGAAACUGUGGAUAUAGCAGUUCUUACCCUAACCAGUAUCAAGAACAAUAUUUUGAGCAAAGAGCACACCAGAAAGAGAGGGAGAAGAUGAAUGAAAAGAAUACAACUCAAGAACCAACCCUAACUCCUGAACGCUUCAUUCAACAGAUUAGUUCAGACUGGAGUGCAGUACCUGAUAAAAGAAAGGAUAAGAUCUUGAAGUCCUAUAUGGCAAAAUUUCUUCCCUAUCAAGUAGUUGAAGCAUACAAAGGAAGUACUAUUGACAAACCUUUCUGGGAUUGGUGAUUCAGUCUUUUCCCAAUAAACUCAAACUCUCAGACAAGGUUCAAGGAUUACAACGAAGUGUGGAUAGUGUUCUUAUUAUUCAAAAAGAAGUUCUGGCUUCAAUUCAGCAAGUGGUUCUAUAAUAGACGCAGAAAAAUACUUGAGGAUGCCAAAACAGACCAUAUGCGUACACGAUUAGAACCUUGAGACAAAUUCUUAGCGACUGUUAUAGAGUAUACUAAGGGAAGAUCAUUCAAGAGGACAGAGGAUCUGUAUGUAGCAUUCCUUACCUUAAUGGCUAAGAACUGUAUUAGUAAGGAGGACAUGAUCGAUGACAUAACUAAAGAGCUAGAAGAAGUGGAUGAAACCAUCCCUGAGUCUUAUAAGAAUAUAAAUAAAAGAUUCUUUACUUCAAAAUAAAGAGAAUAUUGAGUUUUUCUGGCAAAACCAUUUAAAGUUCUUCCAACAAGACUAUUAUGUCUUUGAAGGAAUAGAAUCUGUGGAGCAGCAUAAAGAACUUCCAGAAAUCAGAGAGCCUUCUGAAAAUGAGCAGGAUCAAGAAGAAAAUAAAGAAGUACAGAAUCAUCAUGAUGACGAACAGAAGAGAUUAGUCCAGGAGGCUCUUAAUACAUGUAACCAGAGAUCUCUGGAGAUGCAUAAAAGAGUUAAGGAAUUACUUGAUAAAGAGAAGGAAUUCUUGGAUAACCUCCCCUCAGAAAUCAUCAAAAGUCUCAAACCAGCAGAAGACCAGAACAUCCGAAUGAGUGAAGACUUCCUCUCAAGGGUGAUCUCAGAGGCCAGGCAUAAAUGGAUUGGAGAUUCUGAGAAUCCUGGAGCCUAAUCCCUCAACAAUUUCAGU